ACCCGCUGGAUCUCGCCUCGGGGGGAGCGGGACCGGACCUGCCCAGCCCAGCCAUGAGAUGGUAUGCGCCGGUAGCCUGAGGGCUCUGCUGCUGCUGCGCCUGCGCGGGCGCCGCUUGCCCAGGGCGGUCCUGUGCUGCCGCGGCGGCGGCGGCGCGGUGGUUGGGGGUGCGCCCGUGCUGACGCCGGCCGCGUUUCUCCGCUGGCGCGGGCUCCGGGCGGCCGCGGCCUCCAGGAUGAUGCUUGAUUCCUCCUCCGACUCCGCCGCGGGGCAGGUGCAGCCGCAGCGCCGCGCGGCGGGGGCCGUCGCGCACGCGCAGGACGGCGGCUACGCCAGCGGCGGGUGGGCGAGAGAAGACGGUAAACUGAAAUGUGGAUAUUCAAGUUUUAGAGGGAAGAGAUCCACCAUGGAGGAUUUCUAUGAUGUAAAGUUAACUGAAAUCGAUGGACAGGCUGUUAGCCUAUUUGGUGUAUUUGAUGGUCAUGGAGGAUCACGGGCUGCUGAGUAUUUGAAGGAAAAUUUGUUCGAAAACCUUCUGAAGCACCCUGAGUUCCUGACGGAUACAAAGCUUGCUAUAAGUCAAACAUAUCAGAAAACAGAUACAGAUUUCUUAGAAUCAGAAUCCAAUGCAUUAAGGGAUGAUGGCUCAACAGCUUCCACUGCAGUUUUGGUGGGUGACCAUUUAUAUGUAGCAAAUGUUGGUGAUUCCCGUGCUGUUAUUUCAAAAGCUGGUAAAGCUAUGGCACUGUCAGAAGAUCACAAACCUAACAGGAGUGAUGAGCGUAAGAGAAUCGAAAAUGCAGGAGGAGUUGUCAUUUGGGCUGGUACUUGGAGGGUAGGAGGUGUAUUGGCAAUGUCCCGUGCAUUUGGCAAUCGUCUGCUGAAGCCAUUUGUGGUGGCAGAGCCUGAGAUUCAGGAAGAACAUGUCAACGGAGAAUUGGAAUGCCUCGUUCUUGCUAGCGAUGGACUUUGGGAUGUUGUGGAAAAUGAGGAAGCCGUUUCCCUUGCGAAAACAGAAGACUUGCCUGAGUCGGCAGCUAGGAAACUCACGGAAAUCGCCUAUUCUCGGGGCAGUGCUGAUAACAUCACAUGCAUCGUGGUGCAAUUUCACCAUGAUUAAACUGGAUAAUAAGAUGGGACUACAGCUGAUGAAGAUUGAAGGUUUUUCUACUUCAAGCUACAUUCCAGCAAUCCAACCCAACCGUGGGUUCCCCGGAGACGUUGCUCCUGUAGCAAUUGCUAAGGAUUGUUUCGUUGAUUCUUUUCCUUGUCUAGGAAUCCAUUCUUGUUUUGAGAGGUGUGACGAACAGAAACUCUAUAAUUCCUUUUGAGUGUUAUUACAUACAUUUUUAAUUGGAUCUGGAUGGAUACUAAUAAAUCAAUUGCCUGUUAUUAUCGGCUGGACCUGUUAAUGUUAUAUAUCGUCUUGUUUGGCAGUAGUAGCACCAUACUUGUAUCGUUUUGCUUC